AUGACCACUUUCCUAUUAGUGUUUGUGUGUUUGGGAGCCAUCACCGCCGCCGGCUCUCUGGAGCUCUCAGACAGUAGUGACGGCCUGGAAGUGAAGAUACCUGAGCAGUCUCCUCUGCGUGUUAUCCUGGGAAGCUCCCUGAACAUCCCCUGUUACUUCAACAUCCCAGAAGAAGAGGACACCAGUGCCCUGCUAACCCCACGGAUCAAAUGGAGCAAACUCUCCAACGGGACCGAAGUUGUCUUGCUGGUGGCCACCGGUGGGAAAAUCCGGCUCAACACAGAAUAUAGGGAGGUGAUCUCUUUGCCCAACUACCCUGCCAUCCCCACCGAUGCCACUCUGGAAAUCAAGGCGCUGAGAUCCAACCACACUGGGAUUUAUCGCUGCGAAGUGAUGUACGGGAUUGAGGACAGGCAAGACACAAUAGAGGUCCUGGUGAAAGGCAUUGUGUUCCACUACAGAGCAAUCUCCACAAGGUACACCUUGAACUUUGAGAAGGCAAAGCAGGCCUGUAUCCAGAACAGUGCUGUCAUUGCCACUCCCGAGCAGCUGCAGGCUGCCUACGAGGAUGGGUACGAGCAGUGUGACGCUGGCUGGCUGGCAGAUCAGACUGUCAGGUACCCCAUCCACUGGCCCCGGGAGCGCUGCUAUGGUGACAAGGAUGAAUUUCCAGGAGUCAGGACCUACGGUGUCCGUGAGCCAGAUGAAACCUAUGAUGUUUACUGCUAUGCAGAGCAAAUGCAAGGUAAAGUCUUCUACGCCACCGCCCCCGAGAAGUUCACCUUCCAAGAAGCUUUCGACAAAUGCCGCAGUUUGGGAGCCCGUUUGGCCACCACAGGAGAGCUGUACCUGGCCUGGAAGGAUGGCAUGGACAUGUGCAGUGCAGGCUGGCUGGCCGACCGCAGCGUCCGCUACCCCAUCUCCAGGGCACGGCCCAACUGCGGAGGAAACCUGGUGGGGGUGAGGACAGUGUACCUGUACGUCAAUCAGACCGGGUACCCCCACCCCGACUCUCGCUACGAUGCCAUCUGCUACAGCGGGGACGACGUUGGGACUCUGGUCCCAGGGCAGUUCAUUGACGAGACAGGGAGCGAACUGGGCAGCGCCUUCACCAUCCAGACGGUCACCCAGACUGAAGUGGAGCUCCCUCUGCCACGCAAUGCCACGGAGGAGGAGGCCCGAGGCAGCAUCGCCACCCUGGAGCCCAUCGAGAUCACACCAGCUGCCACUGAGCUGUACGAGGGCUUCACCCUCCCACCCGAUCUCUUCGCUACCCGUGCCACAGCAGAGACAGCUGCCACAGAGGAGGAGAAUGUGACCAGGGGGGAUGUCACAGGGGUGUGGACUGUACCUGAAGAGGUCACCACCAUAGCCUUAGGCACUGCCAUAACCUCUGAAACAGCAGAGGUGAGCUCGGUGGAAGAGGCCACAGGGGUAACCACCACACCAGGGCUAGAGCCUGCCUCUGCCUUCACAGUGGAGGAUCAGCUGGUGCAAGUGACAGCAGCCCCUGGUGUUGGUCUCCUCCCCAAGCAGCCCAUCUCCCCCACAGGUGUGGUGUUUCACUACCGAGCUGCCACCAGCAGAUAUGCCUUCUCCUUCGUCCAAGCCCAGCAGGCCUGCCUGGAGAACAACGCGGUUAUCGCCACCCCCGAGCAGCUCCAGGCGGCCUACGAGGGCGGCCUCGAGCAGUGCGACGCGGGCUGGCUGCGGGACCAGACCGUCAGGUAUCCCAUUGUGAAUCCCCGAGACAACUGCGUAGGAGACAAAGAGAGCUCUCCAGGCGUGCGGUCGUACGGCAUGCGCCCGGCCUCGGAGACCUACGACGUCUACUGCUACAUUGACAGGCUCAGGGGUGAGGUGUUCUUUGCAACCCAGCCAGAGCAGUUCACCUUCUCAGAAGCUCAGCAGUACUGUGAGACCCAAAACGCCACACUGGCCUCAGUUGGCCAACUCCACGCAGCCUGGAAGCAGGGCUUGGACAGAUGCCACGCUGGCUGGUUGGCUGAUGGCAGCCUCCGUUACCCUGUCGUCAGUCCCCAUCCCGCCUGCGGGGGGGGUGUGCCCGGCGUCAGAACCAUCUACCAGCACUACAACCAGACGGGCUUUCCCGACCCGCUGUCCCGGCACCACGCCUUCUGCUUCAGAGCUCUGCCACCUGUGGAGGAGGAGGGGGUGACCUCGUCCUUUGAAGAAUAUGUGUUAGCAACCCAAGUGAUCCCUGGAGUGGAGGGGGUACCCUCUGGGGAGGAGGUGACCAUGGAGACGGAGCUUGCCACUCAACCUGAGAAUCAGACAGCCUGGGGGACAGAGGUCUUUCCAACUGAUGUGUCACUGCUCUCAGUGAGUCCACCUGCUUUUCCUCCAGCUACCAUAAUACCAGAGGAAACAAGUACCAAUGCUUCUGUCAGCCAAGUGUCAGUGGAGGUGACUGUGUCUGGAGAACAUCAAGUCAGUGGUGAAUCUUCAGCAUCCGGGUGGGCAUCUGGAGUCCCAGAUACAAGUGGAGAACCAACUUCUGGAGUUUUUGAACUUAGUGGAGAACACUCAGGGAUUGGAGAAAGUGGAUUACCAUCGGUAGACCUGGAUACCAGUGGCUUUCUACCUGGAGAGAGUGGGCUACCUUCAGGGGACCUGAGUGGGGCACCUUCUGGCGUUGUUGACAUCAGUGGCUUAGCUUCUGCAGAGGAAGAUGCAUCAGUGUCUAUUUCAAGGAUACCAGAAAUUAGUGGGAUGCCAUCUGGAGUGGAAAGCAGUGGGCUGCCUUCUGGAUUUAGUGGAGAUAUCUCUGGCACUGAGCUAGUCAGUGGCAUGUCAUCUGGAGAGGAAAGUGGACUCACCUCUGGUUUUCCUAAUAUCUCUCUUGUGGAUACCACGUUGGUGGAAGUUGUCACAACAGCACCAGAACGGCAAGAGGAAGGAAAAGGAGACAUUGGAGUCAGUGGUGAAGGAGAUCUGUCAGGGUUCCCAUCCACUGACUGGGGCAUCAGUGGUGGAGCCCAAGGGUUACCCUCAGGAGCUGAGCUCAGUGGGGAGCCCUCUGGAGAGCCUGAGCUCAGCGGGUUGCCCUCAGGCCUGGAUGUCAGUGGAGAACCAUCUGGAACUCAUGAGGCCAGUGGCCUGGUGGACCUAAGUGGCCUUAGUUCUGGUGUUGAUGGAAGCAGUGAGGCCUCGGGCGUUACCUUUGUAGAUGCCAGUUUGGAGGAAGUGACAACGAGCCCCUCAAUUACAGAAGCAGAAGCAAAAGAGAUUUUGGAGACCAGUGGAUUGCCUUCAGGAGCUGAAGAUAUAUCAGGCAUGGUAUCUGGGAGUUUAGAUAUCAGUGGUCAGCCUUCUGGGCAAGUAGACUUUGGUGGGAGUGUUUCUGGAGUGCCUGAUGUGAGUGGAGUGAUUGAGAGCAGUGGAGAAAUCUCUGGAGUUGAUGUCACCAGUGGCCUCCUGUCUGGAGAGGAAAGUGGACUCACCUCUGGCUUUCCCACGGUCUCUCUUGUGGAUACCACUUUGGUGGAAGUUGUAACACAGACAUCAGUUGCACAAGAAGUGGGAGAAGGACCAUCUGGGAUGAUAGAGGUCAGUGGAUUUCCUUCUGGAGACAGAGGACUAUCUGGAGAAGGGUCUGGAGCUGUGGAGUCCAGUGGGUUUACUUCAGGGACAGGAGACUUCAGUGGGGAGCCAUCUGGGAUCCCGUACAUCAGUGGAGACAUUUCUGGAGACACAGAUCUAAGUGGACAAUCUUCAGCAGUGACUGAUAUUAGUGGGGAGGCCUCAGGGCUGCCAGAAGUCACUUUAGUCACAUCUGAUUUAUUAGAAGUUGUGACAAGACCAACAGUGUCACAGGAACUGGGUGGGGAAACAGCUGUCACAUUCCCCUACAUUUUUGGGCCAAGUGGGGAGGCCUCUGCAUCUGGUGAACCAAGUGGGGAAACGUCUGCAUUGCCAGAAAAUGGUAUAGAAACAUCAACAACUUAUGAAAUCAGUGGGGAAACAUCUGCAUUUCCUGAAACUAGUGUAGAAACAUCCACAAUUCAAGAAAUCAGUGGAGAAACGUCUGCAUUUCCUGAAACUAGUGCAGAAAUGUCCACAAUUCAUGAAAUCAGUGGGGAGACAUCUGCAUUUCCUGAAAUUAUCAUAGAGACAUCUACAAGUCAAGAAGCCAGGGGUGAAACAUCUGGCUAUCCUGAAAUUUUCAUCGAAACAUCCACAGUUCAAGAAGGAAGUGGGGAAACCUCUGCAUUUCCUGAAAGUAGCACAGAAACUUCCACCAUUCAAGACAUCAGUGGGGAAAGUUCUGCAUUUCCUGAAAUUAGAAUAGAAACCUUCACAAGUCAAGAGGCCAGAGGUGAAACAUCUGGCUAUCCUGAAAUUAGCAUAGAAACAUCCACAGUCCAUGAAAUCAGUGGUGAAACAUCUGCCUUUCCUGAAAUUAGCAUAGAAACUUCAACAGUCCAUGAAAUUAGUGGGGAAAGUUCUGCCUUUCCUGAAAUUAGAAUAGAAACGUCCACAAAUCAAGAAGCCAGGGGUGAAACAUCUGCCUUUCCUGAAAUUAGCAUAGAAACUUCGACGGUCCAUGAAAUCAGUGGGGAAAGUUCUGCAUUUCCUGAAAUUAGAAUAGAAACUUCUUCAAGUCAAGAAACAAGAGGUGAAACAUCUGCCUUUCCUGAGAUUAGCAUAGAAACUUCUACAUUCCAUGAAGUCGGUGGGGAAACCUCUGCAUUCCCUGAAAUUAGAAUAGAAAUACCAACACAUCAAGAAGCCAGGGGUGAAACAUCUGCCUAUCCCGAAAUUACCAUAGAAACAUCCACAGUUCAAGAAGUAAGUGGGGAAACCUCUCUGUUUCCUGAAAUUAGAAUAGAAACAUCCACAAGUCAAGAAGCCCGGGGUGAAAUAUCUGCAUUUCCUGAGAUUAGCAUGGAAACAUCCACAGUCCAUGAAACCAGUGAAGAAACAUCUGCAUUGCCUGCUGCUAACAUCAAAACUGUUGCCACAUCUUUGGCCAGUGGGGAGCUCCCUGGUGCUCCUGAGGAGAAGGAAAUUCCUGACACAACAUCUGGAGCUGUGACACACUCAAUUGCAGGCAUUUUAGGGGAAACCUCUGUCCCAGACAUUGUAAUUAGUACCAGCACUCCAGAUGUUGAACCAACAGAGCCACCCAGGAACCCUGAAGAGGCUCAGCUUGAAAUAGAGCCCUCCCCUCCUGCGGUGUCAGGACAAGAGAUGGAGACAGCUGUUGCUCUAGACAAUCCUCAUCUGCUGGCCACCACUACUGCUGCCCUGCCUCAAGUGUCACAAGAUGCAAUAGAUGCAUUAGGACCCACUACAGAAGACACUGAUGAGUGCCACCCAAGCCCCUGUCUGAAUGGAGCCACCUGCGUUGAUGGCAUCGACUCUUUCAAAUGCUUAUGCCUUCCCAGCUACGGAGGGGACCUGUGUGAGAUCGACCUGCAAAACUGUGAGGAAGGCUGGACCAAGUUCCAGGGCAACUGCUACAGGCACUUUGAAGACAGGGAGACUUGGAUGGAUGCAGAGACCAGAUGCCGACAAUAUCAAGCCCACCUGAGCAGUAUCAUCACCCCAGAGGAACAAGAAUUUGUGAACAGCCACGCACAGGACUACCAGUGGAUUGGCCUCAGCGACAGGGCUGUGGAGAACGACUUCCGCUGGUCUGAUGGGCACUCCCUGCAAUAUGAGAACUGGAGGCCCAACCAACCCGAUAACUUCUUUGCGGCGGGCGAGGACUGUGUGGUGAUGAUCUGGCACGAGCGAGGCGAAUGGAACGACGUGCCCUGCAACUACCACCUCCCUUUCACCUGCAAGAAAGGAACAGUGGCCUGCGGGGACCCCCCCGCGGUGGAGAACGCCAGGACCUUCGGCCGCAAGAAGGAGCGCUAUGAGAUCAACGCCCUGGUGCGGUACCAGUGCAGCCAGGGCUUCAUCCAGCGCCACGUGCCCACCAUCCGCUGCCAGCCCAACGGGCAGUGGGAGGAGCCACGGAUAUCCUGCAUAAACCCCUCCAACUACCAGCGCAGUCUCUACAAGAGGAGCCCCAGGAGCCAGUCGAGACCCAGCGGCAGAGCCGUGCACAGACCCACCCAUUAGAGCGGGGCGAGAGGGACCGAGGGGGAAAGCGAGAGAGAAAGAGAGAUUUUUAACAGAACAGUUAUAUUAACAGAGUUGAUUUCUUCUUCUUCUUGUUGCUUUUUUUUUUUUUGUCGUAUAAGGAA